AUGAUUCUGCGCUGUCGACUCGCAUUUCUCGUCAGUAUCAUUGCCGCCAAUUUGGCAUGGGCUGCCCACUCCUUUGAAAAUACUGCGAUUGUGCGCACUGCCGAACUCGGUGGCUCGCUGGUCCAUGUUACUACUACCUAUGCGAUCAAGGCACUGGAACCUAAGGCUAGCAUCUACACUGUUGUGCUGAGUCCGGAUGAGCAAGAGAAGACAAGCUGGCUUGAGAUUAGGCAGAAAGGGCGGCAGGCGCCGUUGCAGGUAGAAGCCCACGAGCUGGACGCGGUCAACAAUGUCUAUCUAUACAAUGUUCAACUUCCGAAGGCACUAUCUACGAAUGAGACUACAAACCUAAUUGUAGAGACCAUUCAGACGCACGCGACGUAUCCUUGGCCUGAGCAGGCUGCACAAAAUGAUGACCAAACCCUCAAGUACGAGACUGAUCUGUAUGUGCUGAGCCCAUACAAGACCGCUGUGCAAAGGAGUAAGAUAAGGGCACUGGUACCCCGCAUACUUUCGUACACCACUCCGGAGGAUAUCGAGUUCACGACGGAGAUCCCUGUCACGAAGUCUGGAGCGACCGUUACUUAUGGCCCGUACCAUAAUAUUCCUCCCUCGUCGAACUCGGAGUUUGUACAAAAGCACCAGAAGCAUGUCACAGUGCACUACGGCCAUGAUUUCCCCUGUGCUCAAAUAACCAAGCUGAAGCGUGCAGCAGAAAUUAGCCAUUGGGGCGCGAACUUGAACAUCAACGACGACAUUGUCUUGCAUAACGGCGGUCCUGCCCUCAAAGGCCACUUCUCUCGCCUAGGGUACCAGUCGCAGACUUUCUACAACCGUCCGGCACCCACCAUUUUGAACUGGUUCACCCUCCACCUUCCUGCGGGCAUUCGGAAUGUGUAUUACUACGAUUUGAUCGGCAAUGUGUCGACCUCCCGUCUGCGCCUCGCACCCUCCGCGCCCAAGACGUUGACUGCCAAUCCCAACCAAUACAGCAUCAUGGAAGUGCGGCCGCGCUAUCCGGUGUUGGGCGGAUGGAAUUAUACCUUCACUCUGGGGUGGGAUGCGCCUUUGGCAGACUCCGGAAGCUUCGAUAGCAAGACCGGAAAAUACAUUGUAGGGGUACCGGUCAUGACCGUAUUGCCCGAUGCUGUUGUCGAGGAUGCCGAAGUCAAGAUUAUCUUACCGGAAGGUGCUACUGACAUCGAGUUCUUCCCUCCAUUCCCCGCAAAGAAUCAGACCAUCUCCACCCACAUCACGUACCUUGAUACCGUUGGACGACCUGCACUUACCUUCCACUACGAGCGUCUUACCGACAAGCACAGCGGAAUCAUCUAUGUUACCUACAAAGUUCCUUUCCUUGCUCAUCUGCGAAAGCCGUUGGCGGUGGCGACCGCGUUCAUAGGUCUUUUCGUGCUCGCCAUGGGUUGGCGACGAGUAGACACUAGGCUCGAUACCAGACAAAAGCUCUAG